AAGGAAAUGCUAGAUCUAGUGAUAUCACCCAGUCUGACUGUAAAUAGAGAGUGCCCUGACAGACUGAAGCUUAACCUUUCUCACAUUUAUGCCACGGCUCCAGAUGACAUAGAAGGUAAGUCAAAGCAAAUUUUUCAUAGGGAGUUUGAAGGGGAGUCAGGCAGCAGCAAAGCAGCACCACAGUGUCCUCUCCAUCUGUACACCACAAAACAUUAUCCCCAUAUAGUGACCGUCCCAUCCUUCCCAGCAAUGGCAACGUACGGCCAGGCUCAGUACAGCACGGGGAUCCAGCAGGCUGCUGCCUACACUGCCUAUCCUCCUCCAGGGCAGCCCUAUGGAAUACCCUCCUACAGCAUUAAAACAGAGGACAGCCUGAGCCAUUCCCCGGGACAGAGCGGCUUUCUCAGCUACGGAUCCAGUUUCAGUGCCCCGACGGCGGGACAGGCCCCCUACACGUACCAGAUGCACGGCACAGCAGGGAUUUACCAGGGAGCCAAUGGCCUGACAAAUUCUGCCGGAUUCAGUGCUGUGCAUCAGGAAUAUUCAUCCUACCCAAGCUUCCCUCAGAGCCAGUACUCCCAGUAUUACAGCUCGUCCUACAACUCUCCGUACGUGUCUGCCAACAGCAUCAGCCCCUCGGCCAUCCCCACCUCCACCUACUCCCUGCAGGAGUCUUCUCACAACAUCACCAGUCAGAGCACAGAGUCACUCCCUGGGGAAUAUUCAACAACACCAGCAAAAGAUACAGAAACAGAGAGACAUCACAGAGGGUCAGAUGGCAAAGUACGAGCCCGGUCAAAAAGAAGCAACGAUCCUUCCCCUGCUGCUGACAGUGAGAUUGAGCGCGUGUUUGUGUGGGAUUUGGACGAGACGAUAAUCAUCUUUCACUCCUUACUCACGGGAACCUUUGCAUCCAGAUAUGGGAAGGACACCACGACGUCCGUGCGGAUUGGUCUUAUGAUGGAAGAAAUGAUCUUCAACCUUGCAGAUACACAUCUGUUCUUUAAUGACCUGGAGGACUGUGACCAGAUCCACAUAGAUGAUGUAUCAUCAGAUGAUAAUGGUCAGGAUCUCAGCACGUAUAACUUCUCUGCAGAUGGCUUCCACAGCUCCACUGCCAGUGCAAACCUGUGUCUGGGCUCGGGAGUUCACGGGGGAGUCGACUGGAUGAGGAAAUUGGCCUUUCGCUACCGUCGGGUGAAAGAAAUGUACAACACCUACAAAAACAACGUGGGGGGUUUAAUAGGAGCUCCUAAGAGGGAAACCUGGCUGCAGUUGAGAGCAGAACUGGAGGCGCUGACUGAUCUCUGGCUCACACAUGCUCUGAAGGCGCUGAAUUUGAUACAUUCCCGGCCCAACUGUGUGAAUGUGUUGGUCACCACAACUCAGCUCAUACCAGCUCUUGCUAAAGUGCUUCUCUAUGGACUGGGCACUGUCUUCCCCAUUGAAAACAUUUACAGUGCAACAAAAACAGGGAAAGAGAGCUGCUUUGAAAGGAUAAUGCAGAGGUUUGGAAGGAAAGCCGUGUACGUUGUAAUAGGAGACGGUGUCGAAGAGGAACAAGGAGCAAAAAAGGAGAACCCUUUCAGUGGAAGCCUUUAAAGAACUUGCAGCCAAAGAACAUUGUCUCAAGUCCUCCUUCCUUUGGACAGAGGAAAAACCUUCUGCUCAGUCGCUGGGAUGCUGCAGUUGCUGGCUCAGUUGGAGGCACAGAGCUCUAAUGGCCUUUUUGCCAUCAACAGCAAACGCUGCAAGUCAGGCCCUCCCUGUCAGCUUUCUUGGUUUUGAAAGGGGAAGAGGACACAGCAAGGAGUCUCUGCACAGUCCAUCACAUCACCUGGGACCUUCUGAAAAUAAGAGUGAAAUUGUUUUGUUUUUUCCUAUUUUUUUUUUUUAAUUUAUGAACUAAUCUCAUUACUCUGGUAUUAAGCUCUGUACCUGUGUUUUUAAUCUGGCUUUU